AUGCGUCACCCGCUAACUGCGGGUGGAAUGACGGUCGCAUUGAAUGACGUAGUGAUCCUCUCUGAUCUUCUGGCCCACGUCGAGAGCUUUGGCGACUGGGAUGACAUCUCGGCUGUCCUCAGGAAGUGGCACCACAUGAGAAAACCGCUCGCAUCCACUAUCAAUGCCAUGAGCAUGAGCUGGGCUGGGAUAUUCGCGGCCCAUGGCGAGGCGUUUGACAUUAUGCAGGAAGGAGCAUUCAAGUUUUACGGGAAAGGUGCCAAGAUCCUGAAAUCUCCGUCAUUGCUGGCACGCAAUUCGAUCACCUAUGGUGGUAUUCUCCAUCUGGGUAUAUGGACUAUAGGUGUCGUGAUGGGGCCGGUGAUGUGGGCAGAAAUGUGAUCUUGGGACAUAGAUGAGUUUACAAUAGUUCGACUGAUGGAACGCCUAGCAAUAAAGACUCUCAAUAUUAUGCCUCAUGUACUGCAUCACCUAUGAUUGACUUAUUC